GGAUACGAUACUUAUUGGAAGGAGAUAUUGAGGUUCGCCCUUUAAAGGAAAGUUGAUACACUGCGAUGAAGUAAUAAGUGUGGAAGAAUCAGAUCCUCAUGAGCUGAAUUAAAACGAGCUGUGCUGCAGGUAUAUUGGGAAUCCUGAAAAUUUACUCCACUGGAAAAAUCAAGCAGGCGCACAUUCGAUUUAAAAACUGCACAACGGAACAGUAUUCGUCAAUUUAGAUGCGACAGGAAACUAUUGAAUAAGCUGAGAGAUUGGUUUUGGAUUUGAUUUCAAAUAAAAAAGUAACUUGAUUUUGAGGAAAUGUACGGAGUUGGCGUUCUCGGUGAAAUGUUGGGGCUAUGGAUGGCCGUGUUUAUCUCUAUGGCACAGGGGUUUAAUACGACAGACCGAGCCAGGAAUAUCACGCAUUUACUGGACACGCUUUUAUCAAACUACGAUGGCCGAUUGAGACCAAACCAAGGAGCAAACGAGCCUAUGGUUGUUAAAAUCGACCUGAACAUCAGGAGCAUGGGUCCUAUUUCAGACACUGACAUGGCAUAUCAGAUGGAUUGCUACUUCCGGCAAACAUGGACGGAUUCUCGACUGAAGUUCCACGGUGGCGACAUCCAUCGGCUGAUCGUGUCAAUUAAAAUGAUGGAACAACUAUGGAAGCCCGACACUGUCUUCUACAAUGGUAAACGAUCAUAUCUGCACACAGUGACGUCACCAAAUAAAUUCCUACGCAUAGAGGAGGACGGCACUAUGUAUUACUCAAUGAGAUUGACAAUUAAAGCAACUUGCCCCAUGCAUCUCGAAAAGUUUCCCAUGGAUAUGCAAUCUUGCCCACUGAGGGUCGGCAGCUUUGCCUACACACAGGAGGAAGUGACGUACGUGUGGAAGAAUGGGAACAGCUCAGUGAAAGUGUCACCUGACGUCCAGAUGUCACAAUUUAACCUGAAAUCUAUCCCUAGUGGCAAUGAAACAUUGUUUAUUAGUAGUAAAGGAUAUUUCUCCGUAUUAUGGUGUACCUUUGACCUAGAAAGGCACAUGGGUUACUUCCUCAUUAAUGUCUAUUUUCCCUGUGGUCUACUCGUCAUCAUCUCGUGGGUCUCAUUCUGGAUUAACAGAGAAGCAACGUCUGACAGGAUAGCAUUGGGUGUCACUACGAUUCUCACAAUGGCGUUCCUUGGUAUCGACAAUAAAAAGGACUUACCCAAAGUCUCCUAUUCCACGGCACUUGAUUGGUUCGUGGCUAUCUGCUUUGCCUUUGUCCUUGCGACGAUUGUCGAAUUCUCCGGAGUCCAUUAUUUCACGAAACACGGAUCUGGAGAACACGAUGAUAUUAACCUCGAGUAUGAAGAAGGGGAGGAUGAAGAAGACUUCGAUGGGACGAUCCCCGUGUUUCUGCGCAGUGCUAUCAAGAAAUUGCGCAAACCAGGUCAGAAUGGAAUGGCUGCGAUUGGUCAAUUAUACGCGGAAGAAGAAAAAGACAACUGUUUGACACGCUUCUGGCAUUGCUUGAAGGGGAGCUAUGAAUACAGGGAUAUGAAGAUGAGGCGAAGUGUCGGGAGCGUGAACAGUGUCAGUAAAAUUGAUAAAGCAUCAAGGAUAUUAUUCCCAGGUGCAUUCACAGUGAUACAGCUCAUUUAUUGGUUCACAUUUACAAAAUGAGCAUUGUGGGAUAUGUGAACCAUGGGAUCGCGAGCGGUUCCAGUAUUAACAGGGUUUACAAGAGUGACAUCUAUUGUGACGUAUUGUACUUGCACCCUUGCAUUCUUACAAAGGAGGAACAUGCCCGGGGAUCAUGCAGAACUAGCUUUUAUACGAUAUU